GUUUUUCAACCUUUUUGUAAACGAGACCCCUUUACAGGUUGAAAAUUUCUAGCGACCCCCUUGAGCCAUGGACCGACAAAAUGUUAGUAAUUUAAAAAAAAGACUUCGUAUGAUUUUCUCUAAUUUGGUACCCGUAUUUGUUAUUAAGACCUACACUCUGUAAGAAGCCGCGAGAACGAUGAAAGGCAGUACCAGGUAAAUUUGUCGCCGCGGUCGAGCGGCGCCGAACGCGCUAGCGCAGAAUUUUUCUUUGUCUCAACUCCUAAUUGCGUGCGCGUUUCCGUUGAGUACGGACGUGAUUGUUUUGUUUUUUCGCUUGCAAAAUGGAUAAGUUUCUCAAAAGGUCCCAGUCAACAUCUGAUAUGAGUGCCAGUGGCGGAGGUGCAUCAAAACCGAAAAAAAAGAGACAUUAUGACGACAAUUACUUGAAAUACGGGUUUACAGCCAUAAAUAAUAAACCUCAAUGUGUAAUUUGCGGCGAUGUUUUAUCAAGUGAGAGUAUGAAACCAUCAAAACUUAAGAGGCAUCUCACAACCAAGCAUCAAAAAGAAGCUAAUAAGCCGUUGGAUUUCUUUGAACGAAAGUUGAAAGUUCUUAGUCAGCAGCAAAAUACUAUGAUUCAGGUAUCCACUGUCAACAAAUCAACAUUAUUAGCUAGCUACAAAGUUGCAUAUCGAGUCGCUAAAGCAGGAAAGCCGCACACAAUUGCAGAAAAUCUUAUUUUGCCAGCAGCUCUAGAUAUGGUUGAAAUUAUGGUCGGCCAACCGGAGGCAAAUAAGUUAAAAAGCAUACCACUUUCUGAUAAUACUAUUUCACGCAGAAUAAACGAUAUGGCCAAUGAUAUUCGAGAGCAAGUAGUCGAAAAAUUAAACAAGAGCCCACAUUUUGCUUUGCAGUUUGACGAAUCGACAGAUGUUUCCGACUGUGCUCAGUUUGUAGUAUUUGUGCGCUUUGAAGCCGAUGACAGUAUCAUGGAAGAAAUUUUAUUUUGUGCAGCCCUUGCUGCAAACACUACUGGCCAGUGUUUGUACGAUAUGUUUUUAGAAAGUACUUGCAACUACGACAUUGAUUGGAAAAAAUGUAUCGCUGUUUGUAGCGAUGGCGCUAAAGCCAUGACUGGAAAAAAUAGCGGCCUCGUUGCGAAAUUAAAAUCAAUAAUGCCAAACGUAUCAUGGACACACUGUUUUCUUCAUCGACAAGCUCUAGCAGCUAAGGUUUUACCUUCUGAUUUAAAUGACGUGCUUAAGGAGGUAAUAAAAAUUGUGAAUUCUAUCAAAGGUAAAGCCUUGCAAACCCGGCUGUUCAGAAUCGUUUGUGAAGAUAUGGAUUCGCUUCAUCGCAAUCUCCUUUAUCACACAGAGGUUAGAUGGCUAUCCAAAGGAAAAGUAUUGACAAGAGUUCUAGAACUGAAAGCUGAAUUGUUAAUGUUCUUACAAGAUGCUAAAUCCGAAUAUGCUGAUCAUUUUUCUGAUCCUGUUUGGCUCUUGAAGUUAGCAUUUCUGGCAGAUCUUUUUAGCCACCUUAAUAAUUUAAACAAGAAUCUCCAAGGCAGAGAAGAAAAUAUUCUAACCGCUAAAGAUAAAGUCAAAGCAUUUCAUGCAAAACUUCAUUUCUGGUCAACCUCUCUGCAAAACAAUACAUUUGAGUCUUUUCCAUGUAUUCAGAAGAUUGUUGAAGAUAAUGCAACAGAUCAAUCUGUGGUAAGGGCUCACAUUCCUUGCAUGACACAAAGCUUGCAUAAUUUGCGAGAGAAACUAUCAACAUACUUUCCAGACUUGCACUCUGAAGCUGACAAUGGGCAUAGAUGGGUUCUAAAUCCAUUCUUGGAUAAGUCAAUAGAACUGGCUGAUCUCAACACAAAUCUUAAAGAAAAUCUUAUAGAUUUAGCCGCUGACGGUAUGCUUAAAAUGGAAUUUCUUUCGCAAAGUGUCGACGUGUUUUGGAUGAAAAGAAAACAAGAAUAUCCUGAGUUGGCAAGGGAAGCUCUAAAAUUAUUAAUACCAUUUGCCACUUCAUACCUAUGCGAACUGACAUUCUCUUCAAUGGUGGACAUUAAAACUAAAAAGAGAAAUAGACUUCAAUUAGAAAAUGAUUUGAUUAUUAAUGUUUCUAAAAUAGCACCACGAUUUGAAAAACUUUUGGAAAAUAAACAAUCCCAACCUUCUCACUGAAAUUGUGUUUCUAUUGUAGUGUAGAACCUUGCUUUUUUCCUUUUGUCGGCGACCCCCCUAAUAAAGUUUCGCGACCCCCCUAGGGGUCGCGACCCACAGGUUGAAAAACACUGA